CCUAUUUCAACGCACUCUCUCUUCAAGUUCAAGAUCAUUCUCAAACUCUCUCUCUCUCUCUCUCAAUUUGAUUCUCUUAUGCUUUAAGGAUUGGGAAAAUCAGUGGUGGAUUUCUGAUUUAAAAUUAUGUAUAGAGCUUCUUCUUCUAUGCAAUCUGAUGUGAAGAUUGAGAAUAAUAUUUCUACUAUGAAAACUCGAGAGAGUAAUGUGAGAGUUACUAGAUCAAGAGCUAAGGCUUUAGGAGUGUCAAUGUCUCCAUGGAAACCGGUUUUUAAACAGGAGUCAAAGCGUGUUGUUAGACCGAGUAACAAACGAAUGGCAUCAGAUAAUAACAAAGUUUGUAAGAGACGGGCGGUGCUCAAGGAUGUGACUAAUACUACUUUGGCAGGAAGUAUAGUUUGUACACAAGGCAAUGUUAAGGCUACAACGCGAGGUCGAAAAGAGAUUAAGCAAGUAGCAGAAAAAGGCUUGGUAGAUGUGGAUAUCGAAAAAUCGAAAUUAGCAGAAGAUUUGUCAAAGGUUAGGAUGGUUGAAUCCUUAGAUGCCUCUGCUCAAAACUCUAAAGAUGGAGAAGUUACUAACAAAAACGAAGAUGAAUCCGAUGUCUCAGAUUGUCUUCAGGUUGUAGAUAUAGAUGCCAGUGUCCAAGAUCCUAAGUUUUGUAGCUUAUAUGCUGCAAGUAUAUAUGACAACAUUCAUGUUGCAGAGCUUGACCAAAGACCUUCAACUAGCUAUAUGGUGCAAGUGCAGCGAGAUAUCGAUCCAACUAUGCGCGGGAUUCUGAUUGAUUGGCUUGUGGAGGUUUCUGAAGAGUACAAGCUGGCUUCAGAUACACUUUACCUUACCGUGAAUCUAAUUGAUCGGUUCAUGUCUCAUAACUACAUUGAAAAGCAGAGGCUUCAGCUGCUUGGUGUCACUUGCAUGCUAAUAGCCUCAAAAUACGAAGAGAUUAGUGCACCGCGGUUGGAGGAGUUUUGCUUCAUUACAGACAAUACAUACACAAGACAAGAAGUACUAAGUAUGGAGAUUCAAGUUUUAAACUUUCUGCACUUUCGGUUAUCAGUUCCAACCACCAAAACGUUUCUAAGGCGAUUCAUUCUAGCAGCUCAAGCGUCCGAAAAGGUUCCCCUCAUUGAGAUGGAGUUCUUAGCAAACUAUUUCGCGGAACUCACUCUCGUGGAAUAUACUUUCCUAAGGUUCCAGCCAUCCUUAAUUGCCGCUUCAGCGGUUUUCUUAGCAAGAUGGACACUCGACCAAUCUAGCCAUCCAUGGAACCCAACUCUGCAGCACUAUACAAGAUAUGAGGCAUCUGCUCUAAAGAACACAGUGAUUGCAAUGGAGAAUUUGCAGCUCAACACCAAUGGAAGCACCCUUAUUGCUAUACGAACCAAAUACAACCAAGAAAAGUUUAAAAGUGUGGCAACACUAACAUCUCCUGAACGUGUCACUACACUCUUCUCAAGAUGAAACAGUUUGGAUUUUUUGGAUUCUCCUGAUAUAUAUGAACAAGUCAGCACAUCUCUUAGUUUGCAUCAGGAGACCGACCAAUCCUAUUUUCAGACAUCAAUUUUGGUCUCUGCAGUUUAUGGAAUAGUUGUAAUUUCUUUGUAAGUUGUCUUGUCUGUUUCUCCUGUAACUGUUGUUUAGUUGUCAGGUGCUUCCAAAACAGUGGACAUAUCAUGGAAAAUUGUAUAAACCAAACACAGUUUUGACACAUCAUAUCUCAUGAGAUUGUCAUUUAGUAA